AUGGCAUCGCAACACAAAGACAUUACUGGAGUAAAAUGCACUUACCUGUCUGAUGGCGGCCGGAGGAGACACUCGGGACUCACAGGAACGAGACGCCAAAUUGGGGCACCAGCUGUAGGACCAAGGACACAAACAACGCCAAUUGCAACGUCGGGCAUGAGCUCUCAACACAGGAAUAUACCAAAUGGAUGGCCUAAAGAAGUACUAAGUGAUGUUGAAAACCUUAGAGAAGAAAAGAUAGAUGGUGUUUUGAAUAAAUUUCUAGAAGAUUCAAAAGAGUUCAUUAGAAACCAAAGGUUAUUGGCCCUUAGUUGUGCCUACAUGUACUAUAUCAAAAGUUGUUGGGCCUACACAAGGAUUUUGGCCAAGAAGUACCCUUCAUUUUACAUCAAUGUUGUUCCUCCUGGCCAUGUGAAAAAAGAUAUAAACGACAAUUCUGGUAUGCUAGCACCUAAUGAAGGUGCUAAAGCUAUUGUGAGGUUGGCAUUGCUACCUGAUGGCGGUCCUUCUGGCCUCUUAGAACUGAAGAAAAAUCAUUUUGAUUAA